AUGUCAUCCACAAUAGGUGUCCGACGCAAGUCGACCGGAGGCAAGGGCGGCCUCAUCAUCACCCUUACGGUCAGCGCCGAGAGAUUGAAGGAAAUCCUUGAGCCCACACCCGCCAAGGAGGAGUCCCCCGUCAAGAUGGACGUCGACGAGACCAGCGAGUCAAAGGAGAACCAAGAAUCACAGGACUCUCCUGCCACCUCCGCGACCCUGGCUGCUCCCGCUGCCACGAACGGCGAGAAUGCCUCCGACUCAAACCCUGCGACCCCUGCUGCAGGUGGAACACCAGCUCCCACAUCCAUGGGACCUCCUCUCGAAGGCAAGAAAAAGGGCACCAAACGCGGUGCCGGUGCUGCCAACGGUCUUGGACCGGACGGCUUGCCCAAGGUUCGUGGCAAGCCUGGACCUAAGAAGAAAGCCAGACUGGAGGACGGUACGAUCGAUCCGAAUGCCCGGUCUGGAGCCGCAGGACAUAAGCUCGGCCCCAAGGCGAACCAGGGAGCUAUCAACGCUGGACUACGUGCUCUUGACCGGUCGGGCAAGCCGUGUCGCAAAUGGGCAAAGGGUGGCUUCGUCCUCAAGAGCUUCACUGGCAUCGUCUGGGAGGUUCCCCGUUGGACCGCGCCUCCUAAGCUGUUGCUCGAGUCCACUGCCGAGGGAUCGGCUGCUGCCUCAGCAGAUAGCAGCGCCAAGGAAAACAAGGAGAACGAGCAAGUAAAGAGCGACGCCAACAGCGCUGUCAACAGCGGCGUCGAAGCCGAAGUACGGAGUGCGCCCGGCAGUGUUCCCGCCAGCUCCCCCGCGCCGAUGGCUAUAUCUGCCGCGUGA